GACGAAGCUUCCUCGUUACCAAGUUGUCACUCCUUCCGACCAAGAGCGAGCAACAAAGUCAAGGUUGAAGACAGCAUGGCAUUCGUAGCCCUCGGCAGACGGGCGGUCACUCCCACCGCUCGCGCAGGAACAGUCGUCGAGUCUCUCUGCCUUACUCUGGCAUCUUCCUCCCUCUCAUCCUCCGUCGCCUCCUCCUCCUCCUCUUCUUCCUCCUCCUGCCCCAUCCCCUCCUCCUCUUCUCACAGCUACGCAACCCAAGCGCAAGCUCGCACUCGCAAAGCCCCGGCACAACAUUUCACCAAGGCGCAAAAACGCGCAGGAGAGCAGCGAAAGAAGCUCAACCUGGAGAAACGUGCCUUGCGCCGUCAGCUGGCGGAAGAGACUCGUCCGGACCCGGUACUGGGUUAUAGGGUGGGGAAUAGCAGAGAGGCAGGAGUGAAUGAUGAGGCGUUGUGGGAGGGAUGUGAGCUCAAGUCCAUCCUCCUGAGCAAAUCCGAUGCCUGGGGUCUGACAGAGGACCGUCGUGGCAAUUUGACCCCGUCGACCACGGCUGGCGCGCUCGGUACCCCCGAGGAGCAACAGAGACAGCUCAGCCUUGGCGGGCCAUUGCGCCUCAACUUCGGCAUGGGCGACGACGAGCGCGAGGUCCUCUUCAAGGACCUCCCCGACGUAGUGGCAAAAGAUCGCGUCCUCGACACAUUGGCCGACGCUGAGGCGGGCAGUGGGCCGAGGAGUGGCAGUGCGAAAUACAGAGCGGGAGAAGAAGAGAUGGACAGCCUUCCUCUGGCGGAACAGGUGCAGAGAGAGUUUGAGGCCCUCCAACAACAAGAGGCACAGAGCGCUUCUGUCCUCUCGCGUGUCCUCGACCUACGAAACGCCUCUGCAAAGGGCAUCGACCUGGAGAACAAGCGUCGCAUCAUCUCGCACUUUGGUGGCGGGAACAACACGGGUAGCGUUGAGACUCAAGUGGCUAUCCUGACUUAUCGGCUGCACAUGUUGCACGAGCAUCUCUCGCAACCGCAAUUCAGAAAAGACGAGGUGACGCGACGUAGUAUGGGACUAUUGACUUUCAAGCGGGCGAGGUUGCUCAAGUAUUGGAGGAGGGAGAAGGGCGAGGAAGGGUAUUUGGGUUUGUUGAAGAGGGUGGGAGUGAAUAGGAGGGCAGUUGAAGGGGAGAUUAUGCUGGGGGGUAGGCCGAAGAUGUUGGCUGGAUGAUGAGCGUCGGGAGGGCAGGGGAGUAAUACGAAUUCACUGAUCAGCAAUGCGAAGUGGUGC